CUACCACUAUGUUUCCAUGCCCUUGGAUUGGGCUUCAGCUGAGAGGCACUGCAUGUCCAUGGGGGGACACCUGGCAUCAGUUCAUAACCCAAGGGAGUACCAUCAUAUUCAGCAUGUGAUAAGAACGGCAACUUAUGGGUUCAACCGAGCAUGGAUUGGAGGCAGUAAUGCACAGAAGACAAGCAUUUGGCUUUGGAGUGAUGGAAGCUAUUUCCACUACACAAACUGGUGUCCACGACAGCCUAACAAUUGCAGAGGCACCCAGCACUGUUUGGAGAUGAACUCUUCAGCUGGAAAGUGCUGGGAUGACGUAGGAUGUUGGUAUGGUCGCCCAUCUGUCUGUGCCAAGAAAGUCUGAGCAGUCCGAGAGGAAGCCUUUUUCUGGUAUAAAUUAGCUUGAACCAGAACCGGUGGAGGAUGCUAUAUUGUCUUUCAGUUAUUCUGCCACAUAGAAAUCCUAUUUUCUAAAAGCUUCUUCUAUGUACUUCAUAUAAUCACAUAUAAAACAAAAGGUAGAUUCAAGUAGUGUGAAUGUUUUAUAAAUGAUUAUUUGGGAAAAACCAUUUUCUUUUCUUUAGCCUUGCAUUAAAUAAACUUUUGAAGCAU